AUGGCGGAUCCAAUCGGUACUGAGGAUUUGAAGAAACUCGGCGAUGAUCUUUUGGGGAAGAUGGCAGAGAUGGUGAAGGAAGUCGGAAAUAAGAACUUGGAUUUCAAUUUCAAAAUCCGAAAUAUUUUGACGCAGGCGGCAGCCAACGGAGAGUUGGAGGAGGCAGUUAAGGAAGUUCAAGACUUACUGAAGGCAAGAAACGGAGAGCUGCUGCUUCUGGAUUCCGAUCCAAGUCUUCUGCAGACGAAGGAUAAGUUAGACGCCUUGAAGGCCAUCACUGGAGUCGAUUCUGAAAGCUCGACGACGCAAUCUGACAUGACUUCAAUUCUUCUCCUCUCUAAUCUUGCCGGCAAUAACGGAAACAGAAGCGGAGGAUUCCACGGAGAAAGCAAAAGACGUAGGGCAGAGCAGUAUGCGCAGAGACAACUGUGGUUUCGACAUGAGAGCACUUUCCGAGGCCAGGGAAGUGCUCGGCAAUACGGAGGCCAGGGAUUCGGUGGAGGCAGAGGUGGAAAAGGAGGAGUCAAGUGCUUCAAGUGCUCCCAGUAUGGCCACUAUGCCACAGAAUUUCUAAAAUGGCGGGAAGAGGGGAUAAAAAUCUUUCUAUAUCUUGAUGAUGGAUUAAUUGUGGGCAAGACGGAGAGAGAGGUCGCGAGGGCAGUGAGGAAGGUGAGAGAGGAUUUGAACAGUGUCGGAGUGUGCGUGGCAGAAGAGAAGUCGUUCUGGGUGCCAGACGCAAAGUUUACGUGGCUCGGUUAUAAGUGCGACCUGGUCGCGAGAGAGGUUCGUGGAACCGAGAAGAGAAUGGCCAAGUGGCAGGUUGCUCUUGAUGAGCUGAGGAGGAGCGUGGCUCCAACGGUCCUGGACCGUAUGAAGUUUUUGGGAUGCCUGGCAUCAUUUGAGCUUGUUGCAGGAGACGUUGUUGUUGGCAGAGCACGGUCGAUCAUGCAGACGGUUGGAGAGAGUCAGAGGAAGAAGAGUGAGCCGGCAACAGUGAAGAAGAAGAAAACUCCAGGUGAGGAAAGAGAAAUUGAGUUUUGGAGAGAACGAGGCACAGAAUUAUUGAAGAGAAGUAUAGUGGAAAUUGAGCCGGAAUUUGAUUUAUUUUUGUACACUGAUGCUUCGACGCGAGGAAUAGGAGCGGUGCUUAAGAAUGAGAAAGAUGAUGUUUUGAGGAAAAUGUCGGAAUUAGGCGAUAGCGACUUUGAAGGACAGUCUAGCGCUUGGAGAGAACUGACGGCAGUGAAGAGAGCAGCAGAGGAGCUAGUUGGGAAGGUUAAUGGAAAUAUACAAGUACUUGUGGACAGUCAGGCCGCUGUGAGUGUGUUGAGAAGAGGUUCUAUGAAGCCAGAGUUGCAUAAGUUAGCUGAAAAAGUAGAACAGAACGUGGACGCGGACGAAGCGAGCAGAAAUUUUGAUUUUGGUGACUGGGGAGUGGCAGACAAAGUUUUCAGACAGGCGCAGAGAUUGUGGGGAGAGAUAAAAGUUGAUUGGUUCGCUGAUGCGAAUAACAGAAAGACAGAGCUAUAUUUAUCUAGAUAUCCCGAGUUCGGAACGUCUGGCGUCAACGUCUUCGACCACAUCGAGAGGGCAGAGAGGAUGGGAUGUGCUUGGUGGGUGCCACCUCCAGUGCUGUUACCGCACUUGUUGAAAAUUGCUAGGAAAAGAAGGCUAAGAGGUGUUUUGGUAGCUCCCUUGUGGCAAAGUCACGCUUCUUAUCAGUCCCUCGUAGAUAAAACGCGAAGAUUCAUUAGAGAAAUUAAGGACUAUAUUAUCUAUGAGAAGAAUGAUAGUAUUUUCAUUCCGGGUGACGGCUCUAGGCAUUGCGAAGCCACAAAUUUCAAAUACUGUAGAUCUGAGUUUAUUUUGGCGCUAGUUGACUUCUCUUAA